AUGGAGGCAGUGGCUUGGCUCACCUGUCACCAGCCUGGUCGAGCUGCUGUUGCUGAGGAUGGCAUGAAUGCUUUUGUGGGGCUGAAGGCUUGUGAAACUAAGGGCAUCAUUUUUACAGGAAGUUCGAUCUUCACCAGGAACAGUCAGCAAUCUGACAUUUGCACUGCUCUAAGGGAAGUGUCACAACCUCAACGUUUGCCUCAGCCGAAUACUUCAGCACUGGAAAGGGGUGAGGAAGAAAGUGGCAAAAUCCAAAAUGGCCACGCGGGUCCGAGUAAUGGAAGUGGAAUUCACAAUGGGGUCAAGCACAUGCCUGCAGACAACAGAAAGCUUUCUGCUCCUGUUUCAGAAAAAAUGCAUAGAAAAAUUCAGUCCACCUUGUCUGUCAACAGCAACAGCAGCAAGAAGAGUAAAAUAAACUCUGCGUUUUCUCAAAAGCCAGGUACUUCACCUGAAG